GUAGACGCAUCUCCAAGUGAGAACCAAAGCACAACAUCUUUCAAUGGCGAAUUGAAUGGACUUCUGGGAGCAGACUUUAUAGGAGCUGGCGACAGGUCAACCAUGGCUGAAUCCACAGGCCCUAAUUCAGAGAACAUGAACACCCAAGACUGUCAGAUCAUGUAAGUUAUAAAGUUACCUCUUCUUUAUUUUUCUCUGCCUGCAUAGAGAUUUCUCUGAUACAGAAAUGCACAUUUCAGUAUUCUGUGAAAACCCUUUGGGUUGAUUGAAUGUUGAAACCCAUGUUCAAGGUAGAUCUCUUUAUGAGAUCAAGUAUCCAGUUAACAUUGUAUUUGGUUUCUUCACCAGCUGCCUCUCUGGGGAUGAUGGCUCCACUUGCAUUCCCAUCACAUCCAACAAUGUUGAAAUUGUGGCCAGUCGAGACUCAAGCAUUGACAGCAAAGCCCGUGGCAGCAACAAGGUAAGACUUAGAGGAUUAAAGGCCCAGUGCAGUCUCAAUUUUAUUUUCCUGUGUUUUGUAUCAUAUUUGUACAAUAGCUGAUAAAACAAACAGUGUAAAAGUGUUAUUUCCUGAUAAAGAACGACCGACUAAGCGCCGGCCGUUGGCCAAAUACCCAGUUCCAGGCUCAUUUCCAGCCGGCUACUUUUUCCAAAGUUAUAAACUAUCUUUUAAAAUAUGUGUGCCUGCCUAGUGCAUCCUGAGUGCCAUAUAUACAAACUGAAUACAGCUUCGUUAAUGUCAUGGUUUCACAAUUGUUAUACUGAAAACCGCGUUUCUAGCCCAAACCGUUUAAAAGAUAUGUUCCAUUUUUUCUGGAGCUAUGUUUUUUUUUUUUUUCUAUUGUGCAUUCGCAGGAAACAUUUGAUAAGUGCAGCAAUGUGCACACGGUGGUACGCGCAAAGGUUACAAAUGCAAUUAGCGGGAAAACACUUGUAAAAAGCGCACUGCACAUGCGAGUGGUUUCAUGUGUCAGAGAUGGAAAUAUUCAUUCGAAUUUUAGGAGGGGAUACCUAAAGAUUCAACAACUAGCAUGGGUAGCUAAUAUGGCUAGGAUUGUUCCUUUGGCUGCUGGACAACUAAAUAAUGUUGAUUUGAAAAACAAUAGAACAGUAGAGAAAUGCUUGUUUCAAUGGCAUAUGAGGAGGUGUUUCAUAAAAUCAUUCCUUCUGGCUAGCCUUCUUUGAAGCAAGGUAAGACGUGCUUCAUAAUAUGAAGUAAAACGUCCAGGUUUCAUUCAAACAAUUAAGUCUAUUGUUAAUGGUUUCAACAUGCAGACUGCCUCCAGCUCAGAUUGCAAGGGGUGAUGUGCGAUGACUGGCACUGGGCUUUCACUCUCCGCUCUUGUGAUCUGAAUCAAAGCCUUUCGACAUCAAUGUUAAUUAUCCUACAUUAUAUUUGGCAAACUUGAGUAAUUAACAGUCUCAUUAAAGUUUGAUGCGGAGCAUGGGUGGCCUCAAGUGGAGAAUUGUUAAAAAAUUAUGCCCAGCUCUUGAGGCACCUUGAUUAUGUGAGGCCUGAGGCAAUUGCCUCUUCUGCAUAAUGGUAAGUCUGCCACUGAUGUCAUGGACAUGUUGAUUGUAAGUCAUAAAAACAAGAAUAGGCUAUAUUGAAAUGCUUCAUACCUCAAUAGUACUGUUUUGUCAUUUUAGUACCGAUACCAGGUUUAGUAUCACGAUACUCAAUACCAAAACAAUACCACAGCUAGUCAUGACGGCAGUCAAAUUCCACGUGACCGUUUAGUCACGGUAAUUAGGCUUCUCCAAGCUUUGAUGCUGCUGAUGGUCAUUAGUAGCCUACCAAACUUGCGAACUGCCUGGUACUCAGCACUAUUGUCCCUCUAAUCAUUCUGACAUCAAUGCAAAUGUAAUCAAAAAUCUAAUCAAACACUUAAUGAGAGCCAAUGAGAUCAUGUUGCACAACAUUUCUAUAGGCUAUGCAAUUGCGUGAGAAAACCGAGUGAUGACCUCUAUUAAAAAGAGGAGGAUCCCGUCAGCUUUCUAUAGGCUAGUCCUACUAUAUUAUUUCUCAACCUUCCUAAUAUUAAGCACAUUGCUUCUCUUUACAACAGGAGUAUAGCCCACCUUGCUGGCAUGAAAAUGAACAAUGGGAAAAGCGUCCUCCAUUCGCUAUUUAAGUGCAUAGAUGUAUUUAUUCCCCCUGCCCCUGUUUUGAGACGGGUGCAUGAUAGUGGUCCAUUCUAAAUCAAAACAAAUUUCACAUAUAUUAUUUAGUAUAUGUAAAGACAAGAUUAAAUCAAGAAUAGUAUGAUGGAUGACAAUAUUAGCCUAUCACUGAAGGAUAUAUUAUCACUUGUGAAUGAUGCCCAACUUGUGUGCAGUAAGACAAGAAACAGCGCAUACCUUUUAUUUGCCACUUUUUGUAAUCAUAGUCGCACACCUCAUGUAGCCUAGCCCAUAGGCCUAUAUGUUUUGAUAAGGUUUGUAUCACAACUAAUGUGGCCAAAUAACUUAUUAAAAUGAUGCACAUUAAUCUGCUUUACAACUGGUGUAGAGCCUAACUGGCAUACAUACGUAGCACGUGAGUUUCAAGUUUGGGGAAGAUCAUUUUCACCAUAAAAAUUCACCUUUAUAAUGAAAGCAUUACAUGCAUAAUCGCAUUUGCGGUAACUAUUGAGAAUGGUGUUUUCCCGUUAUUGAAAACAUUUUGGAACAUUCGCGCUUAUAGCCUACUGUGCAUUGCUGUGCUUAUAAUGUGAAGAAAUAGCCUAAUAGUUUAUCAACAUUUUAAGCUAAAUGUUCUGAUCUGUUGUGUCAGCUUCAUUGCUUUUAAAUGUUUUUUGAGGCCGAUAUAGAUAGCUUUUCAGAACCCCUACUUGCAGGUGAAUGCAUCGUUUGUUUUCUAAUAAUUGCAACACAGUGUUUGUAUUCAACUAUAUUUUACAAAAUCAGGAAAAUGCGGCCGCUAGUGUGUCCCGAUACGCAAACAAGCUACCGGUAUCUUGUUUUGUAAAGUACUGUAGCCUGUAUAUGGACAUUGCCGAACAGUAAAUCAAUGAAUACUUUCAAUAUGUCUACAUGCCGUGUGGUAUUAUUCUAGUGUGCUUAAACUUGACUAUAUGCAGCAUGAGUGGGUAGCUAACAAGAUGCGUUCCAGCCAGAGAUUCCUCACCGGCUUGCAACAGUUUAACACGAGGCAAGUGCCCUCGCCCUUUAUAUGACUUCCCAAUGAAAACUAGUUUAAUAAUUCUAACAUAUAUUUUAUGGAAAAGAGAUGUGUGUUUCUGAACAAUGCAUCAUGCUGCCUUGUUGACAACAUGACAGAGCGGCACAGAUUAAUGUUCGACAGUGGUGUAAAAAUACUUUAAUGUACUACUCAAGUAGUUUUUUUGGGGUAUAUGUACUUUACUUUACUAUUUAUAUAUUUUUUAACUUUUACUUCACUACAUUCCUAAAGAAAUAAUGUACUUUUUACUCCAUACAUUUUCCCUGACACCCAAAAGUACUCGUUACAUUUUGAAUGCUUAGUAGGGCGGGAAAAUGGUCCAAUUCAAGCACUUAUCAAGAGAACAUCUCUGCUGCCUCUGCUCUGGCGGACACACGAAACAGAAAUGCUUAGUUUGGAAAUGAUGUCUGAGUGUUGGAGUGUGCCCCUGGCUAUUCCUAAAUAAAAAAAAAUAAAAAACGGUGCCGUCUGGUUUGCUUAAUUUAAGGAAUUUGAAAUAUUGUAUACUUUUGCUUUUGAUACUUAAGUAUAUUUUAGCAAUUACAUAUACUUUUAUUUCUUAAGUAUAUUGAAAACCAAAUACUUUUAGACUUUUACUCAAGUAGUAUUUUACUGGGUGACUUUCACUUUUUGAGUAAGGUAUCUUUACUUUUAAUCAAGUAUGACAGUUGCAUACUUUUUCCACCACUGCUGUUCGAUUUGAGCAGUGCGGCUUAGCCCGGUCACGUGACGGGCCAUAGCCUGGUGCAACCAGGGCUUUUUUAAUACAAUCCCCUCGGUUAAUAGACCAUUACUAAAUAGUUCCAAACCCCUCUGCCAAUAACAGCUAGUUUUCAGGUUACAUAUCCCUCUUAUUAGGCCCCCCUCUGGUCGAUUAUUCCCCGCACCACAUUCCUAACUGUGGUUUAAUGCACCACUUUGGUGCUUUCCCCUGCUGCACUGAGACCACUCCGACAGUCCUAGCAAUAUUCUUGCUUGAUAUGUUUAUUUUGCUAUAAAGCUAUUUGUGUUGCUAUUACAGUAUGUUUCUUAAAUGUUACAAAUAAAUAAUUUAAUAUUGAGAUAAAAACAGCUGCACUGGGCCCUCAACUGUCCUUGAGAACAUGAAAAAGGUAAUCAGGGUGAUUACACCAACAUUCUCAGACGAAAACAAUGUAAAGACAAUUAUUUUAGGCAAAGGGUGGCUGUGUCACAAGUCUAGAUAUCUCUAGGUACAGUGAGGGAAAAAAUUAUUUGAUCCCCUGCUGAUUUUGUACGUUUGCCCACUGACAAAGACAUGAUCAGUCUAUAAUUUUAAUGGUAGGUUUAUUUGAACAGUGAGAGACAGAAUAACAACAACAAAAAUUGCAUUUUAAUGAGGGAAAUAAGUAUUUGACCCCUCUGCAAAACAUGACUUAGUACUUGGUGGCAAAACCCUUGUUGGCAAUCACAGAGGUCAGACUGUUCUUGUAGUUGGCCACCAGGUUUGCACACAUCUCAGGAGGGAUUUUGUCCCACUCCUCUUUGCAGAUCUUCUCCAAGUCAUUAAGGUUUCGAGGCUGACGUUUGGCAACUCGAACCUUCAGCUCCCUCCACAGAUUUUCUAUGGGAUUAAGGUCUGGAGACUGGCUAGGCCACUCCAGGACCUUAAUGUGCUUCUUCUUGAGCCACUCCUUUGUUGCCUUGGCCGUGUGUUUUGGGUCAUUGUCAUGCUGGAAUACCCAUCCAUGACCCAUUUUCAAUGCCCUGGCUGAGGGAAGGAGGUUCUCACCCAAGAUUUGACGGUACAUGGCCCCGUCCAUCGUCCCUUUGAUGCGGUGAAGUUGUCCUGUCCCCUUAGCAGAAAAACACCCCCAAAGCAUAAUGUUUCCACCUCCAUGUUUGACGGUGGGGAUGGUGUUCUUGGGGUCAUAGCCAGCAUUCCUCCUCCUCCAAACACGGCGAGUUGAGUUGAUGCCAAAGAGAUCGAUUUUGGUCUCAUCUGACCACAACACUUUCACCCAGUUCUCCUCUGAAUCAUUCAGAUGUUCAUUGGCAAACUUCAGAUGGCCCUGUACAUGUGCUUUCUUGAGCAGGGGGACCUUGCGGGCGCUGCAGGAUUUCAGUCCUUCACGGCGUAGUGUGUUACCAAUUGUUUUCUUGGUGACUAUGGUCCCAGCUGCCUUGAGAUCAUUGACAAGAUCAUCCAGUGUAGUUCUGGGCUGAUUCCUCACCAUUUUCAUGAUCAUUGCAACUCCACGAGGUGAGAUCUUGCAUGGAGCCCCAGGCCGAGGGAGACUGACAGUUCUUUUGUGUUUCUUCCAUUUGUGAAUAAUCGCACCAACUGUUGUCACCUUCUCACCAAGCUGCUUGGCGAUGGUCUUGUAGCCCAUUCCAGCCUUAUGUAGGUCUACAAUCUUGUCCCUGACAUCCUUGGAGAGCUCUUUGGUCUUGGUCAUGGUGGAGAGUUUGGAAUCAGAUUGAUUGAUUGCUUCUGUGGACAGGUGUCUUUUAUACAGGUAACAAACUGAGAUUAGGAGCACUCCCUUUAAGAGUGUGCUCCUAAUCUCAGCUCGUUACCUGUAUAAAAGACACCUGGGAGCCAGAAAUAUUUCUGAUUGAGAGGGGGUGAAAUACUUAUUUCCCUCAUUAAAAUGCAAAUCAAUUUAUAACAUUUUUGACAUGCGUUUUUCUGGAUUUUGUUGUUGUUAUUCUGUCUCUCACUGUUCAAAUAAACCUACCAUUAAAAUUAUAGACUGAUCAUUUCUUUGUCAGUGGGCAAACGUACAAAAUCAGCAGGGGAUCAAAUACUUUUUUCCCUCACUGUAUGGAAUAGGGUGCCAUUUGGGACGAGGCCUAACUCUUACCAAGCACUAUAGCAUGAGGUUAGAUUUAUGACGUGUUGAAUUUAUAUGUUAAAUAUACAGGAUACGAACAUUCCAUUCCAGCUAAAAAUGGAUAUAUAGCGUUUAUCAACAAAAACAAUUGUAAUACACAUCUAAAAUCUAUGAAUAAAAAAUCUGAUAUAAGUAAUAUUGUACAGACAUAAAGUUAUCCAUUUUCUCCCUCACUGUAGCUAAGCAAUCUAUUACCGAGCAGUCUACUGUGUUGCGCUUACUACCAUUGUUUGAAUAUCUGUCCUCAUGUUAACCCAAUACACAAUUUUCUUGACUCAAUGUUGCUCUCAGUUGUAAGGAAAUGAGUCCUUAAUUUUGACUCUCUCCUGUUCCAUGCAGGUAAAAAUCCAGCCUGUCGCCAAGUACGACUGGGAGCACAAGUAUUACUACGGCAACCUCAUUGCAGUCUCUAACGCAUACCUGGCAUAUGCCAUCCGAGGUGAGUGUGGAGAAGGAAUUUUUAAAUGGGGAGGACAGGAAUAGUAAAAGCUGGAUUGGAAUGGUCUCAAACACAUCAAACACCUGCUUUCCAUGUUUGAUACCAUUUCCUUCAUUAUUGUGAGCCGUCCUCCGCUCACCAGCCUCUGGUGUGGAACCAUGCAUUACCAUCCCUUGUUGCAUGGUGUGAUCAGAUCAUUACGGCAAAAAAAAAAAAAUAUAUAUAUAUAUAUAUAUAUAUAUAUAUAUAUAUAUAUAUAUAUAUAUAUAUAUAUAUAUAUAUAUAUAUAUAUAUAUAUAUAUACUAAAAUGAGAGGGAAAUGUUUGCAUCAAAUACCCUUGCAUCAAAUAUCCUCCUGUAUUGAUUAUAUACAGCAUACAUGAUGAUUGAUUAUCACUGCAAUCAACAGCUGCAGUGUUGCUCAUUGGGUUAUCCCAUAUCAUGGAAUUGGCUAUGUGAAAGUUUAUAAAGACAAGCUCCUGGAUGGGCUUGCGCCUAGUUAAAACCUUAACUUAUUGUGCAAUAUAUUCCAAAAUUCAAACAAAAUACACCAGUGACAUCAUUUAGGCGAUUUAAGGUUGUGAGCACAGUGUUUCUGAUCCGAUUGAAAAUAAUCUUCUAAUGUAUUUGUGUGGGUACAAUGCCAUCUUUAGAAUACAGCGUUUUCUGCUUGGUUUCCAGAGCAUUGAAAAAUAAAUGAAAUAGGCUACUACCGAGGUCUGAUGAUACUUCUGACAUUAUAGUAAAAGGCAUGUUGUGUUGGGUGAUGUGCUAAAGUCUGUAGGCUAUUUUGAAAACUGCCGGUGUGUUGUGUUUAUGAGGACUCCCCUCGUGCGUGUGUUGCAUGAGCAUUAAGCCAACGGGCUGCUGUUUCCUCCUUGGCAAAGAUCUCAGAAAAGGUCAAAGUGCGAACCCAAUGACCCAAAUGUAUCACAUAAAAGGUAUAUACCAUAUCUCACAAUCAAUUGGGCUUCCCAGAUUUUGUAUGUUUGCUGUGACAAAGUGUAUUAUUUUCGUAGAUUUGCGUUAUUCCACUGCAGUGAGAGUGGGGGGCUGCAGAACAUGGUGAUGCAGCUCUAGCGCUAGCUCGCGCUCCCUGUGUGAGAGAGGUGCACACUUUGACAGACAGUCCAACAAUUAGUCAAAAUUUAAGCUAGAAACGCCAUCCUGCACAUUAAAACGUGCAGAAUGGUCUGGAAUAGGUUGCUUGUAUACAGCUUUUUGAUAACAUUUAUACUUUUUGAACUAUAACUGUUUUAAAGAUGCGUAAAAGCUCCUUACGCUUCAAUGGGAAGUAUUUGGAUUCGCUACUGCACUUGAAUCAUUAAAGCUACAAACAACAACCCAAUUGCUUCAACACAGCUUUUUGCUAUCAAUUUUGCUACCAACGAUAAAGCUUGUUAUAUCCCCAUUUAAUUUCAAUGGUGGAAUGCAGGCUUCAACAUUCUAAACUGAAAUCACUGCCACAACUUUCAGAAUGUUCAAACUAAAACAUUUUGAGAGCUUAAAAAUGCAUAUAGCUUAUGACGAUAUAGUGCGCUCUAGCCUACUAUAAUCACUCCACACCUACAAACCACCCCAAAAUAGGUCACUAUAACUAACACACAGCCUAUGAAAACCCUAUUACUACCAUUACUACUCUCAAAUGGAUAGCAAAAUCACAGGAAUGGUUUCAGAUCAAACUCAGCAUUCAGACCAAAGGGAGCGAGGGUCUUUAAACUAAAGAUCUAUUUUAACAAUAGGGGCGAUUCCACUCCAGCGGGAGCGGAAAAUAUUUUUGGUAUCUGAAUGUUCUGGCAAUUCUCACAUAGGAACUUCACAUUUGUAUCACAACCCAUUUUUUUUUAGAAAAUCAUGAUGAAACUGGCCAUUUUAGGCCCUUUUUAGACCUAUACGUGCCGCCUCUGAUCUGUGAACCGUACAUGAUACAGACAACAUCUUGGUGUCAUUAUACUCAUUAUAGUAUGCUCUAACAUAUGGAGUAUGUCUAGAUUAUGAAAUACAAUUUUUCACAUUCCAUUCAACUUAUUUAUGAAUUUCUCAGAACUACCCUUUUUGAUUUUGUUCAUUUUGACAUUGUUUGGAACAAUAUACUCUACAAGUACAUAAGAUUUUCAGUGGGCUCUCUGCUAAUUCUGAAGGUAUGAUACACUUUUGGUGGUGCUCAUAAAAUGUAUGGGAAAAUGGAUUCAAAGGGAACUCCCUCUGCCGGUGUUUUGCUGAAUGUGCAAUCCUAAAUGAGGGCUGUGAUUGGUUAAUGACAUAUAAGGUCAACUUCUACAGUGGGGAAAAAAAGUAUUGUCAGCCACCAAUUGUGCAAGUUCUCCCACUUAAAAAGAUGAGAGAGGCCUGUAAUUUUCAUCAUAGGUACACGUCAACUAUGACAGACAAAUUGAGAUUUUUUUUCUCCAGAAAAUCACAUUCAUUUUUAAUGAAUUUAUUUGCUAAUUAUGGUGGAAAAUAAGCUGCACCAGGCUGGGAAGACUGAAUCUGCAAUAGGUAAGCAGCUUGGUUUGAAGAAAUCAACUGUGGGAGCAAUUAUUAGGAAAUGGAAGACAUACAAGACCACUGAUAAUCUCCCUCGAUCUGGGGCUCCACGCAAGAUCUCACCCCGUGGGGUCAAAAUGAUCACAAGAACGGUGAGCAAAAAUCCCAGAACCACAUGGGGGGACCUAGUGAAUGACCUGCAGAGAGCUGAGACCAAAGUAACAAAGCCUACCAUCAGUAACACACUACGCCGCCAGGGACUCAAAUCCUGCAGUGCCAGACGUGUCCCCCUGCUUAAGCCAGUACAUGUCCAGGCCCGUCUGAAGUUUGCUAGAGUGCAUUUGGAUGAUCCAGAAGAGGAUUGGGAGAAUGUCAUAUGGUCAGAUGAAACCAAAAUAGAACUUUUUGGUAAAAACUCAACUCGUCGUGUUUGGAGGACAAAGAAUGCUGAGUUGCAUCCAAAGAACACCAUACCUACUGUGAAGCAUGGGGGUAGAAACAUCAUGCUUUGGGGCUGUUUUUCUGCAAAGGGACCAGGACGACUGAUCCGUGUAAAGGAAAGAAUGAAUGGGGCCAUGUAUCGUGAGAUUUUGAGUGAAAACCUCCUUCCAUCAGCAAGGGCAUUGAAGAUGAAACGUGGCUGGGUCUUUCAGCAUGACAAUGAUCCCAAACACACCGCCCGGGCAACGAAGGAGUGGCUUCGUAAGAAGCAUUUCAAGGUUCUGGAGUGGCCUAGCCAGUCUCCAGAUCUCAACCCCAUAGAAAAUCUUUGGAGGGAGUUGAAAGUCCGUGUUGCCCAGCGACAGCCCCAAAACAUCACUGCUCUAGAGGAGAUCUGCAUGGAGGAAUGGGCCAAAAUACCAGCAACAGUGUGUGAAAACCUUGUGAAGACUUACAGAAAACGUUUGACCUGUGUCAUUGCCAACAAAGGGUAUAUAACAAAGAGUUGAGAAACUUUUGUUAUUGACCAAAUACUUAUUUUCCACCAUAAUUUGUAAAUAAAUUCAUUAAAAAUCCUACAAUGUGAUUUUCUGGAUUUUUUUUCUCAUUUUGUCUGUCAUAGUUGACGUGUACCUAUGAUGAAAGAAGCACAAUUGGUGGCUGACUAAAUACUUGUUUUCCCCACUAUGUAUAAAAUGAGUAUUUUAAUUAAAGCCACAAUAUGUAACUUUUUGGGCGACCCGACCAACUUCACAUAGAAAUGUGAGUUAUAGACCUGUCAUUCUCAUUGAAAGCAGGUCUAAGAAGCGGUAGAUCUGUUCAAUAUGCGCUAUUUUUAUGCUUCCCGGUCUUAAGUUUAGUUUUUGCGUCUUACUUUCAGUUUUGUACACCAGCUUCAAACAGCUGAAAAUACAAUAUUUUUUGGUUAUGGAAAAUGUAUUAGAUGGUACAAUGAUUCUCUACACUAUGCUUGCUUGUUUUGUAACAUAAACUGAAAUUAGGCUAACUAUUGAACAUUUUAUCAACCGGGAAAUGGUGGAGCGAUCUCUGCAAAUUGCACCUUACAUUUUUGGAGAUAAAAAAAUAAAAAGCUUGGUCUAAAUUUAAUUUGUUUUUGAAAUUUUACCUACAAGGAUAUACCAUGACAUUUGAAAUUCUUAAUUUAAUAAAACAAACUUUUGAAUGUAGUUUUUAUAACAGUGCAUAUUUAGCCCUCCAGGCUGCCCUGACGUCGGUAUGCUAUUUUCCCCACUUCAAAUAGCAAUUACAGAUGCUCACUUAAGUUUUUUCUUUCCCACAAUACCUGACAUAGAUCAAUGCAGAACACUCAUCAGAUAACCUUUUUGUAACAGUAAAAUGUGCCAGUGCUUGUGAAUGAUUCCCUUUAUUUGUUUCUGAGCAUUUUGAGUAGCGCGUGGUGAGAAUGGAAUAAUUAUAAUUUUUGUGAGACUGUCCUUUAAAGAGAUCACGUCUCGAUCUGUUUUUGAUUUUUGUACCCCCUUUCAUUGGAUUUUGUUUGCAUUUCAUGUUCUGGAAAUACACAUAGCUUACUCUGAUCUUCAGAUUUGUAUGCCUUGGAAACCACAAACAUAUUUUUUUGCUUUCGGUCAGCCCAAAGAAUUGCACUUUAGAAACCUGCUCUUGGCAUUUGCAGUGAGAAAUGCAUGGUGUUGCGAAGGUUAAAGGAAGGUCUAUUUGUUAGUGCAUUAGAAACGUAUUUGCUUUUGGCUGUGUGACUGCCAAGACCCCUGUGUUGUAUUCCUUUGGCUGGAAUCUUGAUCUCUCUUUGCCUGUCAUCAAAGCACUUAUGUUUAUAGUGAUAACUGAAUUACAAACGACUGGAGGUUGAGGAAUCUGUGGUAGAACGUACACUGAACCAAUAUUAUGUGCUUUUCCCAACUACUGCACUAUGCCUUGGACCCUUGGUUUUUAACUCUGCUUUAGCUUUCCAUGUAAAACCAAAUUAUCUGGAUUGAUUCUGAAUGUGACAGAAGUUUGCUCACAGACUCAUGUUUUGUACUUGUGUGCAGGAGCAAACAACCAGGCCAUGAUCCGUGUGUUGAGCUUGGGCUCGGCAGAGCGCACACUGCUGAAGGGCUUCACUGGUGCAGUCACAGACCUGGCCUUCGCCCAUCUGGACUCCACGCUGCUGGGAUGUGUCGACGAGGCCGGCAACCUGGUCAUCUGGCAGCUCACCUGCCACAGUAGCAAGAUCCUGUAUCCUCUUCAUUCUACUUUCAUUUUACUCAAGAAUAACACUUCACUUGGUCCUUUCCUUUCCACUUCCCUUGGUCCUUUCAUGUAACAAUAUACAUUUACCUGGUGUUGACCAUUAAAAGCACAUUGUUUAUGAUAGUGUGAUGUUUGUACAGCUGCGGUGUUAUGCACCUUAACCCACAUGCUUCUCAGGGAUCAAGUUAUUGUCCACAUCCGGAGGCCUGAGGACACUCCUCUGAACUCCAAUAGGAGGUUGAUCUGGUGUCCCUUCAUCCUAGAGGACAAUGAAGAGAACCCUGAGGAUGCCAGCCAGACCCUGGCCCUGCUGCAUGAAGACAGAGUAUGUACAGUGCCUUCAGAAAGUAUACACACCCAUUGACUUUUUCCACAUUUUGUUGUUACAGCCUGAAUUUAAAAAGGAUUAAAUUGAGAUGUUGUGUCACUGGCCUACACACAAUACCCCAUAAUGUCAAAGUGGAAUAAUGCUUUUAGAAUUUUUUACAAAUUAAUUAAAAAUUAAAAGCUGAAAUGUCUUGAGUCAAUAAUUAUUCAGCCCCUUUGUUAUAAAUAAUAAUAAUAUGCCAUUUAGCAGACGCUUUUAUCCAAAGCGACUUACAGUCAUGCGUGCAUACAUUUUUAAAUAUUUUUAUUUUUUAUAUAUAUAUAAAAAAAAUUGUGUGUAUGGGUGGUCCCGGGGAUCGAACCCACUACCUUGGCGUUACAAGCGCCGUGCUCUACCAGCUGAGCUACAGAGGACCACGGCAUGGCAAGCCUAAAUAAGUUCAGCAGUAAAAAGGUGCUUAACAAGUCACAUAAUUAGUUGCAUGGACUCACAUUCUGUGUGUCAUAAUAGUGUUUAACAUGAUUUUUGAAUGACUACCUCAUCUCUGUACCACACACAUACAAUUAUCUGUAAGGUCCCUCAGUCGAGUAGUGAAUUUCAAGCACAGAUUCAACCACAAAGACCAUGGAGGUGUUCCAAUGCCUCGCAAAGAAGGGUACCUAUUGGUAGAUGGGUAAAAAUAAAGCAGACAUUGAAUAUCCAUUUGAGCAUGAUGAAGUUAUUAAUUACACUUUGGAUGGUGUAUCAAUACACCAUCACUACAAAGAUACAGGUGUCCUUCCUAACUCCGUUACCGGAGAGGAAGGAAACCGCUCAGGGAUUUCACCAUGUGGCCAAUGGUGACUUUAAAACAGUUAAAGACUUUAAUGGCUUUGAUAGGAGAAAACUGAGGAUGGAUCAACAACAUUGUGGUUACUCCACAAUACUAACCUAAUUGACAGAGUGAAAAGAAGGAAGCCUGUACAGAAUAAAAUUUUUCCAAAACACGCGUCCUGUUUGCAACAAGGUUCUAAAGUUAUACUGCAAAAAAUGUGGCAAAGCAAUUAACACUUUGUGUUCAGGACAAAAAGUUAUGUUUGGGGCAAAUCCAAUGCAACACAUUACUUAGUACCACACUCCAUAUUUUCAAGCAUAUAGUGGUGUCUGCAUCAUGUUAUGGGUAUGCUUGUAAUCGUUAAGGAUUGGGGAGUUUUUCAGGAUAAAAAAAACGGAAUAGAGCUAUGCACAGGCAAAAUCCUAGAGGAAAACCUGGUUCAGUCUGUUUUCCACCAAACACUGAGAGAUGAAGUCACCUUUCAGCAGGAGAAGAACCUAAAACACAAGGCCAAAUCUACCAUGGAGUUGCUUACCAAGAAGACAGUGAAUGUUCCUGAUUGGCCAAGUUAGUUUAGACUUAAAUCUGCUUGAAAAUCUAUAGCAAGACCUGAAAAUGGUUGUCUAGCAAUGAUCAACAACCAAGUUAAUUUGGAGGUUGAAGAAAUUUGAUAAUAAUGAUGGACAAAUGUGGCACAAUGCAGGUGUGCAAAGCUUUUUGACUUACCCAGAAAGACUCACAGCUGUAAUCGUUGCCAAAGGUGAUUCUAACAUGUUUUGACUCAGGGGGUUUAAUACUUAUCUAAUCAAGCUAUAUUAGUGUUUUAUUUUUUUUCCAUUUUGACAUUAUAGUAUUUUGUGUAGAUCAUUGACAAAAAAUGACAAUUAAAACCUUUUUAAUCCCACCUUGUAACACAACAAAAUGUGGAAAAAGUAAAGGGGUGUGAAUACUUUCUGAAGGCACUGUAUGCCCUGCUUACACACAACCAGACCAUUUACAAAUGCCUCCUCCUCCUCCCUUUGUAUAUUCUUUACUCCCUCCCUUCCGCUGAUUGUCCUGUCUUUUCUCCCUAGGCUGAAGUGUGGGAUCUGGAGAUCCUCCGCAGCAACAAUAACACCUGGCCAGUAGAUGCCACUGACCUGAAGGACGGAGUUAUAACUAUAAAAGGACAUACAGAUGUAGGGCAUAUAAAUAAUUUAGUGAUCACAUGGUCUGUUUCCAGUAUGGAAAGCACUUAUUUACAGGCUGGUUUUUAGUGUGGAAAUUGAGAUUGCAGUCUCUCUGUUUUUCUCCAGCGCAUCAGUGAAGGUGCCCUGUCUCCGGAUGGCACAGUCUUGGCCACAGCCAGUCAUGAUGGAUAUGUAAAGUUCUGGCAAAUCUACAUUGAAGGACCGGACCAGCCAAGGUAGACCUUUACUCAGUAUUACUAAAUGUUAUACUAUUCAAUUAUAUUCUUGAAAAUUCCAGCUGUUUCUUGCCAUUCCUUUCCAUCUGUAUCUCUAUGGUUACUUUUACUUUCCUUUGUGAAGUCCUCUCCCCGGCUUCUUCCACAGAUGUCUACACGAGUGGCAGCCCCACAACGGGAACCCCCUUUCCUGCCUGCUGUUCUGUGACAACCACAAGAAACAGGACCCAGAGUAAGUCACUACUGUUCCCUACUGCUGCUGUACUCUUUAUCUUAACGGGUGUUGGGAGGAUUUAGGGAAUGCGACAUUUGGGGGGUUGUGUUUAUCAGUGAUUAAAAUGUAAUCUGAUAAAAAAAAUACAUGUUCAUUUUGAGUUAAACAGGGUUAGGUAGACACAUGGAGAGGUGCCAUCUUUACAGCAUUACCCAAUGCAAUCAGUGUCAUUUUCUCUUAAGCACCCAUGAGAGAUUAUAUAUAUAUUUUUGCCUUUCUAGUGUUCCAUUCUGGCGCUUUCUUAUUACUGGAGCUGAUCAGAACCAGGAAUUGAAGAUGUGGUGCACAGUGUCAUGGACCUGCCUGCAGACCAUCAGGUCUGACUGUUUUACCUGUGUUUUUCACUGCGCUUUCAUGCUUGGAAGUUGUCUGAUUCAUCCCUCUGUUACUGGACCCGUUUUAACAAGAGCCUAUGUACAUGUCCUCUAGGUUCUCUCCAGACCCGUUCAACUCAUCAGUCCUGCCCUGUCUGAAGGCCAGUCUGGACCUGUCUGCAGAAUGCCUCAUCCUCAGCGAUGUACAGAGAAAGGUCAGAAUAACAUUGAUGUCCUGCUGUAUCACUGUGAUUUAUCUACCAACUGUCAUCCUGUUGGAUAUUAGUAUAAUGAGUAAUUGACUCUGGCUUGUGUUGUCCCUCUAGGUGUUGUAUGUGAUGGAGUUGUUGCAGGACCAGGAGAAGGGCCAUGCCAGCUUCACAGCCGUGUCAGAGUUCCUGCUCACACACCCUGUGCUUAGCUUCGGUGUUCAGGAUGUCAGCCACAGCCACCUGUGCCACUCGGAGGUCCUUCCGCCAGACGAGGAGAGCGAGAGUAUGACUGCAGGUGGGGUUCACCUUCUUGUAUACCCAUUACCACUACUACCUGAUCUAACGAUUGCUGGCCUAACACUGAAUUAUCAUGGGUCAAAUGUUUUGUUAUGUUUGAUUAAGACUUGUUCUUCCCUUUAUCUCUAGAUGGCAACCAGGGCCCAAUGGAAUCCAAAGCUGGGAUCCAAAUCAAGCUAUACUGUGUCCACACAAAGUGAGUGUCCUCAUUCAGGGUCAUUAUUACCAUAUUUACUAAGAGGUCUGCAUUGAAAUUAUGUAGUAUACAAUUUCAUACACCCAUAUGUGUGUUGCUGUAUUCUUCUGCCCACAGGUCCCUUCAAGAUGUGCAGAUCUGGUUCCAGCCAAACCUUGGCUCUGGCUCCUCCUUGUUCCUGCCUCACUCUGACUCAAACGAUGGCUUUGGUGAGUUACGAAAACUGUUAGUCUUCAUAAACCAAAACUAUCCUCUGCACAGUUUGAGAGAUUUUAGAAACGUUAUCCCAGAUUUUCAUGGAUAAAAAUCCAUCUUUGUACUUUUCUAGGUUUUUCAGAUCACUUGACAGACAUGAGUGUGGAAGGUUUGAGCUCUGAUAAGGAUUCUGGAUGCGGCUCCAAAAAUGAUCUCCACAAGAUUCCCGCUCUUGCUGACUUCCUGUCCCCCUCCGGCACUGUUGCUAUGCCCAAGCUUAUGACCCCUGACGCCUUCAUGACCCCCAGUGCUUCGGUAUGUCCUGUUCCAAAUUCUCACUAUUCUAUCAAAAUGAUAGCGAAUAUCCAAGGAAGGAAGAUUACUGCUGGAUCUUGAUCCUGCUUUUCAUUUUGUUUCUGCCCUUCUCCCCCAGGUCCCAGCCUCCCCAGGCAGCAGUGCCAGCAGCCUGACCAUAGUGACAGCCAUGAGCAGCAACUCUGACAGUUGCGCCAGGUAGGUCAACUCGAAAGAGUGCAUAAGAGGGGAGGAAUUCAUAAUUGACUAGAAAGAGCAGGCAAAACCAUUGUGUUUUGACGUCCCUGACUCCAGUGAUGUUAAUGUCUGCAGGGGAGGAGAGGAGCUGAACCAGAGCCCUAAGAUGUCUGUGGAGAGCAGCAGUAGUAGCAGCCUGACUCUCAAUGUGAGCACCAGCAGCUCCAUCCUCAUCUCAGGCCUAGGGGACAACAUGCCGGUAAGCCACACACUCGCACACAUGCACGUGCAAACACACAUACACACUUACAGCAUGAUGCAGUCAUUACACACUGUUCGAAUGCAGGAUGUGUGCCACACAAUUGGAGAGCCUGAGGGGCCAAAGUAACAUGUGUUUAUGUCAACUUACAAGACCUUUCGUCCCUCUCCAUCGUAUGUGACAUCAUCCUUACUCCAUGUGCCAUUUUGGUUUUCCCUGCUGUCUCAUAAAGAUGUACCCUCUUCCACAAGAGACCACUCCUCAUACGCUCAUGUUCCCCCUCACCUACCCCCUCCGCCCUCUACAGGGGCUUCCCUCUCCAAACCCGCCCCUCUCGCUGGACCCUCAGGUCAUUGAGCCUAUGCUGAUCCAGCAGGCUUCUCCUACCCGGGCCCGCUCUCCAGACGUCAUCUCAUCUGCCUCCACGGCCAUGUCCCAGGACAUUCCUGAGAUCGCCUCUGAGACGCUGCAGCGAGGCCUGGGGGGGGUGUCUGGAGCUGAAUCUCGAGAACCUCUCCCAGCCCUCCACACAGACAGCAUGGCUUCUGCAGCCUCAGCUCUUCACCUUCUCUCUCCACGAAACCGGAACUCUGACCACGGCCACCUGCCCCUGGAGCUGGGUGCUGUAGCAGGAGCAGUGGAGGCGGAACAGAGGCUCAGUAACACCCCCUCACUACUGGAGAACGCCCUGUCACAGGAGAAUGCUGCUGCUGCAGCUGCCUCCUGCUUAGACAACAGCGUGAGCCACCCCUGGCCUGCAGCUCCUGACAUCACACGGGAAACACGCAACGGCCUGGGAGACUGGUAAGGUCACACACACUGACAUAAAGCACAAUGCCUCUACCUAUACAAGAAAUGCCAGAGCAUACACGGGUCUCUUUGUUUCUCUUAGCUCGAGGGAGGAAAUGAAGGACAGACACAUGUCCUCUCCAUACCACAGACGCACCUACCACUUAACCCAGAAUGACAGUCAGGACGCCAGUGCAGAACAGAGGUAAGAUACUCACACAUCUCUGGAACUCCCCUUCAGUUCUUAAUUACCCUGGAAGGCUGUAGUAUUUGCUGUGUUUUUUGGAAGUCAAUGCUUGAUUGAUUGAAGUUUGCAUGUAAAGGUAAUCUUGUAAUUUCAGAAAAUGUCCGUAAUAUAUCUGGCUCUAAUAGUGGAAUGAUAGUGUUUCACAGUAUUACUUACCCGCCAGAGUUGUGAUUGGCUGUGAUAUUCGCCUAUUGAUAGUCAAAUUGUACACUGUUCGCUCAAUUUCAGUUUAUGUGAGAAAACAAGCACUGAAUAGCUUAGGGAUUCAUUGUCUGAAAUCGCUGUUAGUAGGGCUGUCCCCGACCCAAAAAAAUCUUGGUCUGCCAAGAGUUGUCUGUUCUUUUGACCAAUCGAUUGGUCUACAUUUUCUAAGGUGUAUUUUUCCAUAUAGACACAUCCUACAGUGCAUUCGGAAAGUAUUCAGACCCCUUGACUCUUUCCACAUUUUUACGCUACAGCCUUAUUCUAGAAUGGAUUUUCUUUCUCUCAUCAAUCUACACACAAUACCCCAUAAUGACAAAGCAAAAACAGGUUUUUAGACAUUUUAACAAAUGUAUGUUAAAAAAACACUUAAUUAUUACAUUUACAUAAGUAUUCAGACCUUACAGCCUCGAGUCUUCUUGGGUAUGAUGCUACAAGCUUGGCACACCUGUAUUUUGGGAGUUUUUCCUAUUCUUCUCUGCAGAUCCUCUCAAGCUCUGUCAGGUUGGUUUGGGAGCGUCGCUGCACAGCUAUUUUCAGGUCUCUCCAGAGAUGUUCUAUCGGGUUCAAAUCCAGACUCUGGCUGGGCCAUUCAAGGACAUUCAGAGACUUGUCCUGAAGCCACUCCUGCGUUGUCUUGGCUGUGUGAUUAGAGUCAUUGUCCUGUUGGAAGGUGAACCUUCGCCCCAGUCUGAGGUCCUGAGUGCUCUGAAGCAGGGUUUCAAGGAUGUCUCUGUACUUUACUCCGUUCAUCUUUCCCUCGAUGCUGGCUAGUCUCCCAGUCCCUGCCCCUGAAAAACAUCCCCACAGCAUGAUGCUACCACCACCAUGCUUCACCGUAGGGAUGGUUCCAGGUUUCCUCCAGACGUGACACUUGGCAUUCAGGCCAAUGAGUUCAAUCUUGGUUUCAUCAGACCAGAGAAUCUAGUUUCUCAUGCUCUGAGAGUCCUUGAAGAUCUUUUGGCAAACUCCAAGCGGGCUGUCGUGCCUUUUACUGAGGAGUGGCUUCCGUUUGGCCACUCAACCAUAAAGGCUGCAGAGAUGGUUGUCCUUCUGGAAGGUUCUCCCAUCUCCACAGAGGAACUCUAGAGCUCUGUCAGAGUGACCAUCGGGUUCUUGGUCACCUCCCUGACCAAGGCCCUUCUCCCCCUAUUGCUAAGUUUGGCUGGGCGGCCAGCUCUAGGAAGAGUCUUGGUGGUUCCAAACUUCUUCCAUUUAAGAAUGAUGGAGGCCACUGUGUUCUUGGGGACCUUCAAUGCUGCAGACAUUUUUUGGGACCCUUCCCCACAUCUGUGCCUAGACACAAUCCUGUCUCGGCGCUCUACGGACAAUUUCUUCGACCAAUCAAUUGAAUUUACCACAGGUGGACUCCAAUCAAGUUGUAGAAACAUCUCAAGGAUGGUCAAUGGUAACAGGAUGUACCUGAGCUCAAUUUCGAGUCUUAUAGCAAAGGGUCAGAAUACUUAUGUAAAUAAGGUAUUUCUGUUUUUUAUUGUUAAUACAUUUGCAAAAAUGUCCAUAAAACUGUGUUCACUUUGUCAUUAUGGUGUAUUGUGUGUAGAUUGAGGAUUUUUAUUUAUUUAAUCAAUUUAAGAAUACGGCUGUAACGUUACAAAAUGUGGAAAGGGGGAAGGAGUUUGAAUACUUUCCGAAUGCACUGUAUGUGUUUUAAUCAAAUCUACUAUAUGCUGAACUUUUCUGAUGCUUUAGGCGAACUGUUUGAUGAAAUAAUUAAGACACACAAAUGACUAGAGGGAGUCCGACCGCCAUUGAUUUGAUUGUGCUGGGCCUGGCUCAGACUUGCUGUGUUAAAAAAGUGAGUGACUCUGUGACUAGCACCCGUUGUCUCUCUCUCCUCCCCGCUGACUUGCCUUUAACUAGGCAAGUCAGUUAAGAACUAAUUCUUAUUUACAAUGACGGCCUACACCGGCCAAACCCGGACGACGCUGGGCCAAUUGUGCGCCGCCCUAUGGGACUCCCAAUCACGGCCGGUUGUGAUACAGCCUGGAAUCGAACCAGGGGGUCUGUAGUGAUGCCUCAAGCACUGAGAUGCAGUACCUUAGACCGCUGCGGGAGCCCAACAGCUCGAUGGUGACAAUACUAAGCCUGUUAAUGAUAAUGACAUUACUUAUUAUUAUAAUGAUGAUCAUAAUUGUAAUAAUAACAAUAACGAGAUGAAGAAAAAGGAGGGUUGUUAUCAACAGUGUGUAUCUUGCUGUCAGUGUUGCUGAAGCUGCAACAAUUGCAGCCAUUUCUGACUGAAAAGUUAUGUUACCGAAAUCCGUCAUUUGUUUAGGAAAAACAUUCCCUAUUCCCUCAACCCUUGCUGUCUUUACGUUGACACAUGUAUGCAUCGCAUGCACAGGGCCUGAUCUAUAGCAUAUCAUAGUCACAUCAAUAAAUUGGUUAUAACAAACUCGUAACACCGUAACACAUCUGACAGCAAAAUGGAUGCAGAGGACGUGACAAAUAAACUCGACACAUGGGAAUGUUUACUGGUUGCGCCGGAGGUAAAGAAAUUAGGCUAGUUGUGGAAAAUACUGGAGAUCAAGAAAAAUAAGGUAAGGAGCAAGCGCUGUGUGCAUAUUAUGUAUGCCAAACAGGUGUUAGAUUACAAUAUAUGUUUUCUGACCGUUUGUAACAAUAUAAACAACUCAAUAAAUUAUAAGUGUACCAGAGAAUCUGUUGUAAUGUUUUUUUGUAAAGCCUUUAUUACAGCAAAGACUAAAAACAGUCGCAUUCAUUCGUGAAUGCAAUUUCCGAAAUGGAACAAUUUAAGCCUAUUUAUUGUUUACGCAAAUUAUUCAGUGGUCGCUUUAUUUAUUUUAAAAUAAAAAUGCUUGAUUGCAUUUCAAAUCAUGAAUGACUCCUAUGCUGUGUGAUGACAUGAACAAAUAAAUUAUAUAAGUAUUGAAAUAUAGGCCUAAGUUACUGUUUUAAGACCAAACAAGAUGCGCUCUUAAGCCUACAGCUCGAUGGUGGCUAUACUACUAAGCCUGUUAAUGAUAAUGACAUUACUUAUUAUUAUAAUGAUGAUCAUAAUUGUAAUAAUAAGGAGAUCAAAGAAAAAGGAGGGUUGUUAUUAUUAUAAAUAUACUUUUUGGGACAAUUUGGAACCGUGUAAACAACACAAAAUAAAUAAUACCAGAGAGCCUGGUCUAACGCAAAAAAAGUGGAAAGCCUUUAUUACAGCAUAGCAAAGAUUUUAAAAAGCUGAAUUUGUGGAAUUGUUUAUCUGACAUGUUGUGGUUGCCUGAGGCUUGGUGCUCACGGAAUCAGUAGGCUAUUAAACAAACACUCAAAAAGGCAACAGAAGCAGCAAGUUCUCCCACUUAAAAAGAUGAGAGGCCUGUAAUUUUCAUCAUAGGUACACGUCAACUAUGACAGACAAAAUGAGAAAAGUAGGAUUUUUAAUGAAUUUAUUUGCAAAUUAUGGUGGAAAAUAAGUAUUUGGUCAAUAACAAAAGUUUCUUAAUAGUUUGUUAUAUACCCUUUGUUGGCAAUGACACAGGUCAAACGUUUUCUGUAAGUUUUCACACACUGUUGCUGGUAUUUUGGCCUAUUCCUCCAUGCAGAUCUCCUCUAGAGCAGUGACGUUUUGGGGCUGUCGCUGGGCAACACGGACUUUCAACUCCCUCCAAAGAUUUUCUAUGGGGUUGAGAUCUGGAGACUGGCUAGGCCACUCCAGAACCUUGAAAUGCUUCUUACGAAGCCACUCCUUCGUUGCCCGGGCGGUGUGUUUGGGAUCAUUGUCAUGCUGAAAGACCCAGCCACGUUUCAUCUUCAAUGCCCUUGCUGAUGGAAGGAGGUUUUCACUCAAAAUCUCACGAUACAUGGCCCCAUUCAUUCUUUCCUUUACACGGAUCAGUCGUCCUGGUCCCUUUGCAGAAAAACAGCCCCAAAGCAUGAUGUUUCCACCCCCAUGCUUCACAGUAGGUAUGGUGUUCUUUGGAUGCAACUCAGCAUUCUUUGUCCUCCAAACACGACGAGUUGAGUUUUUACCAAAAAGUUAUAUUUUGGUUUCAUCUGACCAUAUGACAUUCUCCCAAACCUCUUCUGGAUCAUCCAAAUGCACUCUAGCAAACUUCAGACGGGCCUGGACAUGUACUGGCUUAAGCAGGGGGACACGUCUGGCACUGCAGGAUUUGAGGCCCUGGCGGCGUAGUGUGUUACUGAUGGUAGGCUUUGUUACUUUGGUCCCAGCUCUCUGCAGGUCAUUCACUAGGUCCCCCCGUGUGGUUCUGGGAUUUUUGCUCACCGUUCUUGUGAUCAUUUUGACCCCACGGGGUGAGAUCUUGCGUGGAGCCCCAGAUCGAGGGAGAUUAUCAGUGGUCUUGUAUGUCUUCCAUUUCCUAAUAAUUGCUCCCACAGUUGAUUUCUUCAAACCAAGCUGCUUACCUAUUGCAGAUUCAGUCUUCCCAGCCUGGUGCAGGUCUACAAUUUUGUUUCUGGUGUCCUUUGACAGCUCUUUGGUCUUGGCCAUAGUGGAGUUUGGAGUGUGACUGUUUGAGGUUGUGGACAGGUGUCUUUUAUACUGAUAACAAGUUCAAACAGGUGCCAUUAAUACAGGUAACGAGUGGAGGACAGAGGAGCCUCUUAAAGAAGUUGUUACAGGUCUGUGAGAGCCAGAAAUCUUGCUUGUUUGUAGGUCACCAAAUACUUAUUUUCCACCAUAAUUUGCAAAUAAAUUCAUAAAAAAUCCUACAAUGUGAUUUUCUGGAUUUUUUUUUCUCAAUUUGUCUGUCAUAGUUGACGUGUACCUAUGAUGAAAAUUACAGGCCUCUCAUCUUUUUAAGUGGGAGAACUUGCACAAUUGGUGGCUGACUAAAUACUUUUUCCCCCCACUGUGUAUAUAUAUAUGGAUGAUUUCUAAAGCCAGGCACAUUUAACAGUUAGGCUAUUGAUUAUAGGUCUAAUUAAGUUGGGGUUUCCUCUCCUCACUUUUCUUAGACACUUAAGGCAAGGGCAGUUUUCUCAUCUCCUAACACAGCUGCUGCCUCUGCCGCGUUGUUCUCAACACCAAUAUGCUGGUCAACUUUGCUAUUAUGUCCAUAGCAACAUGGUCUAGGAAAAGGCGCCAAUUCAACAGCGCACUGAUGUGUUUCAGAACCGUGGACAGCGAGCACUAUCUAAUGCGGGAGAAAGCACAUUUGUUAUAAAAUAUUAUUUUUAUUUGUGUUUAUUUGCCAUUGUUCUUACAUAAUAUAACUAUAUACAAUUUCAGUAGCAAAUGUCAUAGACUGAUGGACUGUGCCAUCCCCAUGGCCUCAACAAUGGAUCAUUCCACUCAGACAGGCACGAAUCAGACAGGUGUCUUGUACACCAUGAUUUAUACUUUUUUAUUUAUUUGCUACUGCUCAACUAAAUCUUGGUCGACCAACAGCCUAUCAACCAAACAAUCGACUAGUCGACUAAAUGGGGUCAGCCCUAGUUUGAAGCUGGUGGACCAAAACCGCUGUUUGAAGUUUUGAUCCACCAGCUUCAAACAGCUGUAAAAACAAUAUUAUUUCUUAUUGGAAAUAUAUUUCAUAGUGAUUUUGAUGGUACAAUGAUUGACUACACUAUUCAUUGCUUGUUUUCUCACAAACUGAAAUUGAGCGAACAGUGUUGAAUUUUUGCAACCAGGAAAUGUCCACUAGAUAACACAGUCACUAAGUCAAAACAGCUUUCCCAGUUUGACAACAGAUGCCACUCUGGCGUAUUAUUAAUAGGCGAAUAUCACAUCCAAUCACAACACUGGCGGGUAAGUAAUACUGUGAAACACCAUCAUUCCACUAUUAGCGCCAGACAUAUUAAGGACAUUUUCUGAAAUUACAAUGCAAAGAUGUUCUGUAACACAGUGACCAUGAUGAUGAGGUAGCCAGUCUAGCAUCGUCUUCAGGGAACUGUGGGGUCAGGUCGUCUCAAAGACUGCCAGUGAAGGAGUGGAAGAGUUCUCCCAGAGGCUCCCCUAAACUCAAGAGGAAGAGUAAAAAAGACGACGGGUGGGUGAUAACAUUCUGUGGUAACUGUCAUGAUAAACAUUUUCUGUUAUUUUACUUCAGUGUCUAAUGGCCUCUUUGCCUUCUCUCUUUUCAGGGAUGCAUCUCAUGCCUCUCAGUCCAGGCAGCCUGAGCAUCAACAUCAGGUAAGUAAUCAUGGCUGUUUCUUUGAGUUGUGAUUAUGAUGCUGGCACCAGGAUGUAUACAUUUACAUCCAUUAUACAUGUAUUUUCAGCAAUACCAUUUGUUUACAUUUGAGUCAUUUAGCAGACACUCUUAUCUCUUAUCUGAUGUGACCUGUAGCAGAUUAACCCAGACGUGCAGGAAGAGCUGCUGAUUUUGCUGCGUAACCAGCAGAGGGAGCUAGCGGAGCUCCGUCAGAGUCAGCUGGAACUGCUGCAGAGAGUGACAGGCCACAUGGACGCCGUGCAGAGCUCUGUCUUAGCCCAUGUAGAGCACGUCAUGGUCAGCCAGCAGGAGCACGAACGUAUCCUUACAACUGGGAUAUGUUACAAAUUACAAUAACUCCUAGACCUCCCUUUCUUCUGGUACCAUCAAAAAUGAUGUAGUUUGGUAUAUGAGAGGCUUGGGCGGUAUACCGGGGAAUUUUGAUAUACCCACGGCAUGAUUUUCAAAUAAAUGCCUGCAGUCAACUUGUGCACUAGGUUAAUAGAUCAAGCAGAUUGUAUUCUUCAUUUUGCCUCAUUCAUAUUUGUUUUAUAAUGAAGCCGUUCCCCAAAGCAGCUGCUUUGUUUACAAAGAGCACACGACAAGGAGCAAACGGAGGCUUUCGUGACGUGACAAUCCACUGUUGUGCAGCUCAAGAGAGGUGAUGAAGUUACACUUCAAAUUCACUACUGCCAGCUAAAUAUUUUAUAACUAAGUUUAGCUAUCUAAUACAUUCUCUGCAGCUCAGGGCUCAAGCUAUGCAUUUGUUUAGCUAACUUGCUAGCUAAGUGGAUAGCUUGCAAGAUCAAGCUUCUUGGUUACACCAGACACAAUCAAGCCCCUCCUAGAUCAAGAUCCUUGCUGUCUACUAUUUGUUUUGUGUUUUGCAGCAAACCUUUUGAGAUAGUUGUGCGACUUUGAGCUGGAGGGUCUGUUCUUGCAAAUUGUUUAUGUUCGCUCGCGCUUGUUAGCAUUUAUCUAGCAUCCGCUAUGGGAAUUCGUUAGUACUUUGUUAGCAUAAUUGUUUACAUACAGUGAGGGGAAAAAAGUAUUUGAUCCCCUGCUGAUUUUGUACGUUUGCCCACUGACAAAGACAUGAUCAGUCUAUAAUGUUAAUGGUAGGUUUAUUUGAACAGUGAGAGACAGAAUAACAACAACAAAAUACAGCAAAACACAUGUCAAAAAUGUUAUAAAUUGAUUUGCAUUUUAAUGAGGGAAAUAAGUAUUUGACCCCUCUGCAAAACAUGACUUAGUACUUGGUGGAAAAACCCUUGUUGGCAAUCACAGAGAUCAGACGUUUCGUGUAGUUGGCCACCAGGUUUGCACACAUCGCAGGAGGGAUUUUGUUCCACUCCUCUUUGCAGAUAUUCUCCAAGUCAAUAAGGUUUUGAGGAUGACGUUUGGCAACUCAAACCUUCAGCUCCCUCCACUGAUUAGGUUAGGCCACUCCAGGACCUUAAUGUGCUUCUUCUUGAGCCACUCCUUUGUUGCCUUGGCCGUGUGUUUUGGGUCAUUGUCAAGCUGGAAUACCCAUCCACGACCCAUUUUCAAUGCCCUGGCUGAGGGAAGGAGGGUCUCACCCAAGAUUUGACGGUCCCUAGCCCCGUCCAUCGUCCCUUUGAUGCGGUGAAGUGGUCCUGUCCCCUUAGCAGAAAAACACCCCCAAAGCAUAAUGUUUCCACCUCCAUGUUUGACGGUGGGGAUGGUGUUCUUAGGGUCAUAGGCAGCAUUCCUCCUCCUCCAAACACGGCGAGUUGACUUGAUGCCAAAGAGCUUGAUUUUGGUCUCAUCUGACCACAUCACUUUCACCCAGUUCUCCUCUGAAUCAUUCAGAUGUUCAUUGGCAAACUUCAGACGGCCCUGUAUAUGUGCUUUCUUGAGCAGGGGGACCUUGCGGGCACUGCAGGAUUUCAGUCCUUCACGGCGUAGUGUGUUACCAAUUGUUUUCUUGGUGGCUAUGGUCCCAGCUGCCUUGAGAUCAUUGACAAGAUCCUCCUGUGUAGUUCUGGGCUGAUUCCUCACCGUUCUCAUGAUCAUUGCAACUCCACGAGGCGAGAUCUUGCAUGGAGCCCCAGGCCGAGGGAGAUUGACAGUUAUUUUGUGUUUCUUCCAUUUGCGAAUAAUCGCACCAACUGUUGUCACCUUCUCACCAAGCUGCUUGGCGAUGGUCUUGUAGCCCAUUCCAGCCUUGUGUAGGUCUACAAUCUUGUCCCUGACAUCCUUGGAAAGCUCUUUGGUCUUGGCCAUGGUGGAGAGUUUGGAAUCUGAUUGAUUGAUUGCUUCUGUGGACAGGUCUUUUAUACAGGUAACAAACUGAGAUUAGGAGCACUCCCUUUAAGAGUGUGCUCCUAAUCUCAGCUCGUUACCUGUAUAAAAGACACCUGGGAGCCAGAAAUCUUUCUGAUUGAGAGGGGGUCAAAUACUUAUUUCCCUCAUUUAAAUGCAAAUCAAUAUAUAACAUUUUUGACAUGCGUUUUUCUAGAUUAUUUUGUUGUUAUUCUGUCUCUCACUGUUCAAAUAAACCUACCAUUAAAAUUAUAGGCUGAUCAUUUCUUUGUCAGUGGGCAAAUGUACAAAAUCAGCAGGGGAUCAAAUACUUUUUUCCCCUCACUGUAUAUAUUGAUAUACUCAGCAAAAAAAGAAACUGCCCCUUUUCAGGACCCUGUCUUUCAAAGAUAAUUAGUAAAAAUCCAAAUAACUUCACAGAUCUUCAUUGUAAAGGGUUUAAACACUGUUUCCCAUGCUUGUUCAAUGAACCAUAAACAAUUCAUGAACAUGCAACUGUGGAACGGUCGUUAAGACACUAACAGCUUACAGACGGUAGGCAAUUAAGGUCACAGUUAUGAAAGCUUAGCACACUAAAGAGGCCUUUCUACUGACUCUGAAAAACACCAAAAGAAAGAUUCCCAGGGUCCCUGCUCAUCUGUGUGAACGUGCCUUAGGCAUGCUGCAAGGAGGCAUGAGGACUGCAGAUGUGGCCAGGGCAAUAAAUUGCAAUGUACUGUGAGACGCCUAAGACAGCGCUACAGGGAGACAGGACGGACAGCUGAUCGUCCUCGCAGUGGCAGACCACGUGUAACAACAUCUGCACAUGAUCGGUACAUCCGAACAUCACACCUGCGGGACAGGAACAGGAUGGCAACAACAACUGCCCGAGUUACACCAGGAACGCACAAUCCCUCCAUCAGUGCUCAGACUGUCCUCAAUAGGCUGAGAGAGGCUGAGACAGACAUCACCGGCAACAACGUCGCCUAUGGGCACAAACCCACCGUCGCUGGACCAGACAGGACUGGCAAAAAGUGCUCUUCACUGACGAGUCACGGUUUUGUCUCACCAGGGGCGAUGGUCGGAUUCGCAUUUAUCGUCGAAGGAAUGAGCGCUACACCGAGGCCUGUACUCUGGAGCGGGAUCGAUUUGGAGGUGGAGGGUCCGUCAUGGUCUGGGGCGGUGUGUCACAGCAUCAUCGGACUGAGCUUGUUGUCAUUGCAGGCAAUCUCAACGCUGUGCGUUACAUGGAAGACAUCCUCCUUCCUCGUGUGGUACCCUUCCUGCAGGCUCAUCCUGACAUGACCCUCCAGCAUGACAAUGCCACCAGCCACACUGCUCGUUCUGUGCGUGAUUUCCUGCAAGACAGGAAUGUCAGUGUUUUGCCAUGGCCAGCGAAGAGCCCUGAUCUCAAUUCCAUCUGGGACCUGUUGGAUCGGAGGGUGAGGGCUAGGGCCAUUCCCCCCAGAAAUGUCUGGGAACUUGCAGGUGCCUUGGUGGAAGAGUGGGGUAACAUCUCACAGCAAGAACUGGCAAAUCUGGUACAGUCCAUGAGGAGGAGAUGCACUGCAGUACUUAAUGCAGCUGGUGGCCACACCAGAUACUGGCUGUUACUUUUGAUUUUGACCCCCUCUUUGUUCAGGGACACAUUAUUCAAUUUCUGUUAGUCACAUGUCUGUGGAACUUGUUCAGUUUAUGUCUGUUGAUGAAUCUUGUUAUGUUCAUACAAAUAUUUACACAUGUUAAGUUUGCUGAAAAUAAACGCAGUUGACAGUGAGAGGACGUUUCUUUUUUUGCUGAGUUUCUUUUUUGGGUUUGGAAGAAAAUACCACUCCCUUGUGUGCGCUGCCGGUAAUACCGUAUGGUACAGGAACGGUAGGAAGGUAUGAAAAUCUGGAUACCGUCCAACCGUGAUCACUGCAAUAUAUAGGGCAGUGUUAUGAAUGCAGAUAUUGUAGUUUAAAUGGAUUUCAAUUCAAAUGAACCAAUAACCUUUUGUCUUCUAGAAAGGUGCUUAAUUAAGACCAUUGUUUUGUUGCAUCAACCCACCACACAAGUUCCUCUGUUUGAUCCUUGACCCAGCGUUGAAUCUCAGAGAGGAGAAUGGAGAGAAUCCUAGCAGAGGGACACAACUGUAACCAGCAGCUCCAGGAGCAUCUCUCCCAGCAGCUGGGUCAAACUCUCAGUAACACCCUCUGUAACCGGCUGGACAAGACUCUCCGAGAGGAGAUGAAGAAGACUGUUCCUCCCAGUUAGUACACUUCCUUCAUUUUUCCUAUAGCAUAUUCUAUGUUUUUUAUCAAAUAAAAGUGUUUAACUGUGCACAGUAGUGGUCAAAAGUUUUGAGAAUGACACAAGUAUUGGUCUUCACAAAGUUUGCUGCUUCGGUGUUUUUAGAUAUUUUUGUCAGAUGUUACUAUGGUAUACUAAAGUAUAAUUUCAAGCAUUCCAUAAGUGUCAAAGGCUUUUAAUGACAAUUACAUUAAGUUUAUGCAAAGAGUCAAUAUUUGCAGUGUUGACUCUUCUUUUUCAAGACCUCUGCAAUCCGCCCUGGCAUGCUGUCAAUUAACUUCUGGGCCACAUCCUGACUGAUGGCAGCCCAUUCUUGCAUAAUCAAUGCUUGGAGUUUGUCAGAAUUUGUGGGUUUUUGUUUGUCCACCCGCCUCUUGAGGAUUGACCACAAGUUCUCAAUGGGAUUAAGGUCUGGGGAGUUUCCUGGCCAUGGACCCAAAAUGUUGAUGUUUUGUUCCCCGAGCCACUUAGUUAUCACUUUUGCCGUAUGGCAAGGUGCUCCAUCAUGCUGGAAAAGGCAUUGUUCGUCACCAAACUGUUCUUGGAAGGUUGGGAGAAGUUGCUCUCGGAGGAUGUGUUGGUACCAUUCUUUAUUCAUGGCUGUGUUCUUAGGCAACAUUUUGAGUGAUCCCACUCCCUUGGCUGAGAAGCAACCCCACACAUGAAUGGUCUCAGGAUGCUUUGCUGUUGGCAUGACACAGGACUGAUGGUAGCGCUCACCUUGUCUUCUCCGGACAAGCUUUUUUCCGGAUGCCCCAAACAAUCGGAAAGGGGAUUCAUCAGAGAAAAUGACUUUACCCCAGUCCUCAGCAUUCCAAUCCCUGUACCUUUUGCAGAAUAUCAGUCUGUCCCUGAUGUUUUUCCUGGAGAGAAGUGGCUUCCUCGCUGCCCUUCUUGACACCAGGCCAUCCUCCAAAAGUCUUUGACCUCACUGUGCAUGCAGAUGCACUCACACCUGCCUGCUGCCAUUCCUGAGCAAGCUCUGCACUGGUGGUGCUCCGAUCCCGCAGCUGAAUCAACUUUAGGAGACGGUCCUGGCGCUUGCUGGACUUUCAUGGGCGCCCUGAAGCCUUCUUCACAACAAUUGAACCUCUCUCCUUGAAGUUCUUGAUGAUCCGAUAAAUGGUUGAUUUACUUGCAAUCUUACUAGCAGCAAUAUCCUUGCCUGUGAAUCCCUUUUUGUGCAAAGCAAUGAUGACGGCACGUGUUUCCUUGCAGGUAACCAUGGUUAACAGAGGAAUAAUAAUAAUUAAUAAGCACCACCCUCCUUUUAAAGCUUCCAGUCUGUUAUUCUAACUCAAUCAGCAUGACAGAGUGAUCUCCAGCCUUGUCCUCGUCAACACUCUCACCUGUGUUAACGAGAGAAUCACUGACAUGAUGUCAGCUGGUCCUUUUGUGGCAGGGCUGAAAUGCAGUGGAAUUUUUUUUGGGAUUAAGUUCAUUUUCAUGGCAAAGAGGGACUUUGCAAUUAAUUGCAAUUCAUCGGAUCACUCUUCAUAACAUUCUGGAGUAUAUGCAAAUUGCCAUCAUAAAAACUGAGGCAGCAAACUUUGUGAAAAUUUAAUAUUUGUGUCAUUCUCAAAACUUUUGACCAUGACUGUAGAAUCAUUGAGAGGUAACUGUUUGGACUUCACAGCUAUCACCAAGAGUCUGGAGCCUGUUACUGCCCAGAUGAGUAACACCAUCGCUGCUAAGCUGACAGCUGUGGAGGCAGCACUGAAGGAGAACGUUAGCAAAGUCGUGAAGUCAAAGGUUAGUGGCAACAAAUUCAGAUCAUCAUGUUCUCUAGAGCAGCAUUUCCCAAGCUAGGGGUUGAAAAUGGGAUUGCGAGAUGAUAAAUCAAAUAAAAUAUAUAGUAAUACGGCGCUUAGUUCAUAGAACCGCAGUCACGUGAGUAAACUUUGAUAUCUGCUAUUAGCUUUUGUUUUUUUUCCGACAAAUUUGACUAACUUUUGAACGUUUGAGGCUAUAAGCUAUUAUGACCCAAUUUUCUGGAAGCUAAGACUCUCAGGAACACACACGUCUUUCCUUCCACGGCUCUCACAAGAUUUGCAUGACUCAUUAGAACAGAGUGGUCAGGACCAAGCAUCAAAUCAGCAAAAAAUGAUUGAAAGCAAUGAUGUUCUUUUCUACACAGAAGAUCAUACACAAGUACUGCCAGAUGAUCUUCAUUGAUGUUUUCCUGAACUUCCUAAUACUUUUCUGAAGCAUUUCAGUUACUUACUUAAGAUUGAAAUACUGUCAAAAAUAUUGUCAGACUGAUUUGUAAAAUACUGUCAUAGCACCAAAUAAAAAGUAAACAUUGGCAGUUUACAUCACUUUAUUCACAUGGUGGGGUCGCAAUUCUUUAAAAUAUUAAAAUGGGGUCUUGGGCCCAAUAAGUUUGGUAACCUCUGCUCUAGAGCCUAGGUGUUGGUCAUUGGAUCAAGGAAUGUAGUCGUCCUAUAGCUCACUUAUUCAGUGCUCUCUUAUUCACUCUUCAGUCAAAAUGCACACAUAAAAAUUACCUGAAACAUUCAUCUUCGUUAUCCCUCGAUCCCUUCCUGUGCAGAACACCACAGAUGCUAUCGGCCGGGCAGCUGCCGAGGCAAUGCAGGGGCCUAUCCAGGCUGCCUACAAGGAUGCUUUCCAGAGCAUUGUGCUGCCUGUGUUUGAGAGGGGCUGCCAGUCUAUGUUCCAGCAGAUCAAUGAUAGCUUCAAGCAGGGUACCCAUGAGUGUAAGACAAUCCUAUUACUAACUGUUAACCCUCAGCAUUUCUACUCCUGGCUGUUUCUUAGCUUUAUGCAGUACCACGAGAGUAAGGUCAAGAACUUAGCCUAAUUUUUAGCUUGUCGCAUUUAUCAAAUGUCUAUUUCAAGUAGAGCAGUGGGCUUUGUAUGUAUUGAUAAACAUUUGUUACAUUUGUUUAUUCAGCUGAUUUUAUAUUGUGCUAACAGCACAUCUGAAUAUGCCUGACAGAUCUUUCUGUGUCGUACUGAGGAUGUUUGUUUGUUUUCUUCAUAGAUAUCCAGCAACUGGAGACCCAUGUGAAGAACAGGAAGCAGCAUGAGCAGGAAGCACAGGAUCCUAUGAUUGGCCAGCUGCAGCAGAUGAUUGACACGUUCCAGAACUCAACGGAUCAGCUGGCCACCACCAUCACAGCAAGUGUCCGCUCUGAGGUCCAGCACCAGCUCCACAUGACGGUGGGAAAGUAAGUCCAACCAACGUCCGACAGAAAACUAUUUUUUUUUAUUUGUAGUGAUUGAUAAAGCAACCAGAGACUGAUCAGACAUCCCGAACAGAUGCCUUAGAAAGCAGUUUGGGUUGCCAUAUUGAGUGGCUGUGUAAUGGAUUUGGUUGAGUAGAAACAAAUAAACCUUAAUCUUGGCUUAAUUUCAGUACAUAAAUUCAAUUGAACCACAAAGUUUGCGAUGCAAUUAAUUUAAUGACGCUUGAGUUUAUAGAUUUUUAGGUGGGACUGAAUAACUUUUUGUAAGUGUUUUGGAUCUUUCAAAAAUGUCUGUUUUUAGGUAUUGACACAUUUUCAACCAUUUCCAUGUUUUGGUUAUAUAACGGUGCCUGUUCGGUCAUGUGUCCAGCCUGCAGGACUCGAUCCUGACCCAGGUGCAGCGCAUUGUGAAGGGUGAGGUGAGCAUGGCCAUGAAGGAGCAGCAGGUAGCUGUGAACUCCAGCAUCAUGCAGGCCAUGCGCUCUGCUGCAGGCACGCCCGUCCCCAACGCACACCUGGACUACCAGGCCCAGCAAGCCAGCAUCCUGCAGCUGCUACAGCAGGGACAGCUCAACCAGGCCUUCCAACAGGUGUGAGUCCUUCUCCACUCUACCUCCCUGACACACUUCCACUCAUCCCAUCACAGCCUCUCCUGUCCAAUGCGUGGUGGAUGUCAGAGGGCAUUAUUUAAAGAUACCUGUGGUGUCUGAUCUCUCUUCUCCUCCAACCCCCCUCCUCUGUAGGCCCUGUCAGCCUCUGACCUGAACCUGGUCCUGUAUGUGUGCGAGACCAUCGACUCCCAGCAGGUGUUUGGCCAGCAUCCCUGCCCCCUCAUCCAGCCAGUGCUGCUGUCCCUCAUACAGCAGCUGUCUACUAACCUGGCCACACGCUCGGAGCUCAAGAUCAGGUACGCAUGCGCACCCACAGGAACAUGUUAUAAGUUGGCUGAAUGUCAUUAAGUUCCUCUUCCAUAUCCACCCAAAUUAGCCUAGUUGAGUUCUCAAUAAAGAGAGAGCCUAUUUGGGCAGCUACAAAGGCUUCUUGAUAGAAUUGCAUGUUAGGGAGCUUUAAUCCUCCCUUCUCAGUCUUUGCCUGUAUUCUCGCUAGUUUCAUCUUGUCCCUUUUACCGGCCCAAAUAAACUCAGUAAUUAUUUUGUCUAUGGAUUUAAAAGUAUAGACAGGUAUGGAUAGUGAUAACAUGCUGAUUACGUAAUUCAGUUUAGGAGCUAUGACCAUCUUUUUAACCUGUAUCCUACCCCAUAAUGAGAUUUGAAGCUUAUCCCAGCUCUUAAAUUGGAGUUGAAUUUUGUUAGUGGGUCAAGGUUUUCAGUAAUCAUGUUGUCUAGACCAGGAUUUAAAGCGAUCCCCAGGUACCUCAAGUUUUUAGGGACCAAUUGAAACCUCCAGUUGAGGAAGUCAUUUCUCAGACAAUGUUUUGAUAGGGGAAUUACUUCAGAUUUGGUCCAGUUUACUUUAUAGCCCGAUAUCUCUGAGAAUGCAUUUACAAGGUCCAGUAAAGGCGGUAUGGAGAGUUGGGGGUCUGACAUGAAUAGUAAUAUGUCGUCUGCAUAAAGCAGUAGUUUAUUCUCCCUACCUCCCAUAGUAACCCCUUUGAUUGACUGAUGCUGCCUAAUGGCUUCGGCUAAUGGUUCUAAUGCUAGAAUAAAUAGGAGGGGCGAGGGACAGUCACCUUGUCUCGUGCCUCGUCCUACAGAAAAUGGAGAUGUUCGUAGUCCGUUAGUGACUACUAUGGAUUUGGGGUCAUUGUACAUAAGUUUAAUAAUAUUCUGAAAGCCCUGUCCAAAUCCAAAUGUAUUUAUUGUAUAAUGGAGGUAGUCCCAGCCCACCCUAUCAAAGGCUUUCACUGCAUCUUGGGAUAAGGCUGGCACUGAAGUAUCAAAAUCCUUUGCCUUCCAGAUGACAUGCAAUAGGCGUCUAAGAUUAUCAGAUGAAGCUCUGGCUUUUACAAAUCCCACCUGGUCUGGAUUUAUGAAUUUCUUAAUGAUUUGAUUUACCCUCAUAGCCAGAAGUUUUGUAAACAACUUUCCAUCACAAUUUAUCAAAGAAAUUGGACGGUAGCUCCCACACUCAUGGGGAUCCUUUCCCUUUUUGAGGAUUAGGGUGAUCACUCAUAGAAGGUGGGAGCUCACCUGUGUCAAUCGAUGUGUUCAAUGUUUUCAAUAUUUCUGGGCUAAGCUGCUCUGCAAACCUUUUAUAGAAAUCACUGGGUAUCCCAUCCAACCCUGGAGUUUUACCACUGUGUGCUUGUCUUAUAGUUUCGGUCAAUUCCUCCAAAGUAAUAGGGCGGUCGAGCCAAUUCCUGUCUUCCUCUGUUAGUUUAGGAAGGUUCAAAUUCUGAAAGAAUGCCUCUGCUUUCUGUAUAUCUAAAGGACCUUCUGAAAUAUAAAGUUCCUGAUAGAAGUCUUGAAAUAAAUUGUUUAUUUCUUUAUGAUUGGUAAUCAGCGUGCCUGUCUUAUUUCUGAUUCCACAUACUUGCCGAUCUGUUUCUCUAGAUUUCAAUUGUCUGGCCAACAGUUUUCCUGCCUUUUCACCUGAUUCAUACCAUCUCUGCUUCAGCCUGUACAGUGAAUAUUCAGCUUUUUUUACUGAAUAAAGUAUUCAGCUCGUAUUUGGUUUUCUUCAGCAUUACCAGAGAAAUGUUGUUAGGAUUGGACCAAUAUUCCCUCUCCAGCGUUUUGAGCUCUGUUUCAAGUUUCUCCAUUUUCUGUUUAUCUAGUUUCUUAAUAGUAGCUGAUCGUUGAAGCAUUACUCUGCGUAUAUAAGCUUCCCAGACAUGUACCUGUUUUGCACUAUUGUUUGUUUCAAAGAAUAUCUUAAUGUGUGUGUUAAGGAAUUCACAAAACACCUUGUCCUGUAAGAGGCUAGUGUUCAUUCGCCAACAUUUAUAUUUUUCUCUUUCUUCUCCUAUUCCAACAGUCAGAUCAAUGGGAGCAUAGCUAUCGUGCCCACACUGCAAGCACCCACUUUACCUAUGAGAGAGUGUGAGACAGAAAGUAGUCGAUGCGUGAAUAAACGAUUUGCCUAUUUGAAAAUAAUGUGUAAUCGCGAGCGGUUGGAUUGAUCAAUCUCCAUAUAUCAUAAAGACCAGCAUCUUUACACAGUGUUUUAAUUGCUUCUUGAGUUUUUGAGGUCCUGGUUAGAACAGUUUUGGAUUUAUCUAAAAAAGCAUCAGGGACCUGAUUGUAAUCCCCCCCCCCUAGUACCAGAGGAAAAUCACCGAAAUCCAGUAUUAUUUUGUUAAGUUGAAGGAAGAAGUCUGUGUCCUCAUUUGGAGCAUAAAUAUUUCCCAAUAUUAUGUUUUGUCCUGAAAUCUUUACAAGUAAAAUCAAGAUUUGUCCCUCUUUGUCCUUAAACUCUUUUUCCACUUGAACAUGUAUACUUUUGGAAAAUAGAAUAGAGACGACUCUCUUUUUUUGGUUGAAUGUAUUAUGGUAAGCACUGCCCACCCAUCUGUCUCCCACCCUAGGAGCAUCCCUUUCCAGCAGGUGGGUCUCUUGGAGCAGAAUCACGUCUGAGUUUUUUUGUUUAAGAUAAUUCAAUACCUUACGUCUUUUUAAAUAUGAACCUAAUACUUUCACAUUUUACGACGUUACUUUAAUCACAUUGGUCAUUAUAUCUGAAAGGUUGUAAAUAUAUUAUUACCAAAACAUGACGAGCGUUAGAAUAUUUUUAAUCAAUGCGUUUCUGAUAGCCACUGCUUAGCGAAUACAAUGAAAGUGAAUGACUGGUAAUGCCCCCCACCUAGAACACUUAACUUCCCAUAGAACAAAUAUGUCAUAAACAUAUCCCAACCCCACACGGUACAACAUUUUUUAAAGACAAAAUAAAAAUCUCCCUCCCCCCUAAACCAGGCUUUCAUCCGUGUGAAGUGUCCCGAGGUCUUCCGAGCACUGAUGCUCCAACUAGAAUAAGAACGUUUUACCAACGCCAAAUAUAGAAAUGACAGAGAUGACAUGUCAUAGAGAUGACAUAGAUCAACCAAAAACAUUGAAAAUAAAGACAGGCUGAUCAUUAUUCUCGCAAAGAGAAGAGAUUACCUUUCUCAUGUAGACUGAUACAUGAACUGUCUAAUUCCAAAAGACAGGGAUGUAAGGUGAGGUCAAACACAAAAGGGAGACCGGUAUAGGUCAUAAUAAUGAUAAAAUAAAAUAAACUGACUAACACUUUGGGUUGUGCUCAUCACGCAUGGCACAAACACGCCUGUUAUGGCCUAUAUUGACCCACUAUUGCUGUUGUUAGAGUGAAAACGUAUAAUAUAUAUGUUUAUCCCCGCUAUAACCAUAAUACAGAAAUAUAUGCUUGGACUAUAUUCCUGCUUAAUCUAGUACUAUAAUGAUGUCAACUGUAAACCAGAAAGAUAAAUUAUAGGCAGCAUUUGUAGCAUAAACACUCAAUGAGACUGUUAGUCACAACAUAUGAGGUUCUCUCACCUUAAAGAAAAAUUGUUGUCUAUCCGUGAUGAACCACUGCCACCAUGCAGAUCUUCCAUAGCCUUCCACGCUACUCAAAUUGUUCGGCCUCAUUGACGUUCAUGACACACUUCUUUGCCUCCUUUGGGUCUGUGAAACAACGUAGUGAUCCUCUCACAGUAACCCAGAACACGGCAGGAUAUUGCAACAAGUAUUUCAGUCCCCGUUUCAUGCACAUAUGCCUCACCUCCGUGAACGCAUUUCUCUAGUCCUGAACCUCCUUGGAAAAGUCAGGGAAAAACUCCACAUUUUACCCUUUCCUGUGAAAAAUCCUGAGCUCUUUAGGUCUGAGCCGGACCUUCUCCCUGUCGGUGUAUCGUAAUAUUUUCACCAGGAUAGGCCGGGGUUGCGUGGGGCUGGUCCUGGGCGCAGUGUCGUCGGUGUCCGAUGUGUUCUCUCGAUGAUCAUGUUGUUAACAUCUUCCGGUGUGUUAUCAAAUAGGUUGCGUAAAAUGUCUUUCACACAAUCUCCCGUAUUUAUGUGGAUUUCGGGAACCCUUCUGAUCCGAGGUGUGUUUCUCCGACUGUAAUUUUCCUGGUAUUGAAGUCGUUCUUCAAGUUUUUCAAUCACAGUCUCCAUUUUCUCAACAGUGUCAUUUAGGCGGGUGUUCUUGUCCUCCAGGGUUGAUAUCCUCUCUUCUGCACUUGUAACUUGGUUGUCGAGAGUGUCCAUUUGUUUUCAGUGCGCCCACUUUGUUUUAUUUCAGUCACAUCUUCUCUUCGAGAUUUUUGUUCAUUUUGCAAAUCUCAUUUAGAACUGGGUCAUCAGGCUGUUCUCUGCCAUUUUCCUUGCUAGCAGCAGCUGCAGGUAGAGACAACAUUUUCAUGGUUUUCGUCAAAAGUGUCUGGUUUUGUGCGUUUCGAAGUUGUUUUUCCAUGUAACCGAUAUUUUGGACAAUUAGUUAACAAAAUGUGUAGCUAGGCAUUGAAUAAUUAGUUAAAAUAUAGUUGGAGCUACACAGCCUCUUUAGUUAGCUGCUGCUCCUCGCCACAUCGUCGUCGGAAGUCGGUGGUGGACAAUUAUUGAUACACACGGGAAACGGUUGAUCGUGAAAAACCCAGCAGCGUUGCCGUUCUUGACGCAAACCGGUGAGCACCUACAGUGCCUUGCAAAAAAAUUCAUCCCCCUUAGCGUUUUUCCUAUUUUGUUGCAUUACAACCUGUAAUUUAAAUGGAUUUUUAUUUGGAUUCAUGUAAUAGACAUACACAAAAUAGUCAAAAUUGGUGAAGUGAAAUGAAAAAAAUUACUUGUUUCAAAAAAUUCAAAAAAAUAAGUAACAUAAAAGUGGUGCGUGCAUAUGUAUUCACCCCCUUUGCUAUGAAGCCCCUAAAUACAAUCUGGUGCAACCAAUUACCUUCAAAGUCACAUAAUUAGUUAGAUUGCACACAGGUGGACUUUAUUUAAGUGUCAUAUGAUCUCAGUAUAUAUACACCUGUUCUGAAAGGCCCCAGAGUCUGCAACACUACUAAGCAAGGGGCACCACCAAGCAAGCGGCACCAUGAAGACCAAGGAGCUCUCCAAACAGGUCAGAGACAAAGUUGUGGAGAAGUACAGAUCAGGGUUGGGUUAUAAAAAUAUAUCAGAAACUUUGAACAUCCCAAGGAGCAACAUUAAAUCCAUUAUUUAAAAAAAAUGGAAAGAAUAUGGCACCACAACAAACCUGCCAAGAGAGGGCCGCCCACCAAAACUCACGGACCAGGCAAGGAGGGCAUUAAUCAGAGGCAACAAAGAGACCGAAGAUAACCCUGAAGGAGCUGCAAAGCUCCACAGCGGAGAUUGGAGUAUCUGUCCAUAGGACCACUUUAAGCCGUACACUCCACAGAGCUGGGCAUUACGGAAGAGUGGCCAGAAAAAAACCAUUGCUUAAAGAAAAAAAUAAGCAAACACGUUUGGUGUUCGCCAAAAGGCAUGUGGGAGACGCCCCAAACAUAUGGAAGAAGGUACUCUGGUCAGAUGAGACUAAAAUUGAGCUUUUUGGCCAUCAAGGAAAACACUAUGUCUGGCGCAAACCCAACACCUCUCAUCACCCCGAGAACACCGUCCCCACAGUGAAGCAUGGUGGUGGCAGCAUCAUACUGAGGAGAUGUUUUUCAUCGGUAGGGACUGGGAAACUGGUCAGAAUUUGAAGGAAUGAUGGAUGGCGCUAAAUACAGGGAAAUUCUUGAGGGAAACCUAUUUCAGUCUUCCAGAGAUUUGAGACUGGGACGGAGGUUCACUUUCCAGCAGGACAAUGACCCUAAGCAUACUGCUAAAGCAACAUUGGAGUGGUUUAAGGGGAAACAUUUAAAUGUCUUGGAAUGGCCUAGUCAAGCCCAGACCUCAAUCCAAUUGAGAAUAUGUGGUAUGACUUAAAGAUUGCUGUACUCCAGCGGAACCCAUCCAACUUGAAGGAGCUGGAGCAGUUUUGCCUUGAAGAAUGGGCAAAAAUCCCAGUGGCUAGAUGUGCCAAGCUUAUAGAGACAUUCCCCAAGAGACUUGCAACUGUAAUUGCUGCAAAAGGUGGCUCUACAAAGUAUUGACUAUGGGGGGGUGAAUAGUUAUGCACGCUCAAGUUUUCUGUUUUUUUGUCUUAUUUCUUGUUUGUUUCACAAUAAAACAUAUUUUGCAUCUUCAAAGUGGUAGGCAUGUUGUGUAAAUCAAAUGAUACAAACCCCCCAAAGAUCAAUUUUAAUUCCAGGUUGUAAGGCAACAAAAUAGGAAAAAUGCCAAGGGGGGUGAAUACUUUCGCAAGCCACUGUACUACCAUACCCCGUUCAAAGGCACUUAAAUAUUUUGUCUUGCCCAUUUACCCUCUGAAUGGCACACAUACACGAUCCAUGUCUCAAUUGUCUCAAGGCUUAAAAAUCCUUCUUUAACCUGUCUCAUCCCCUUAAUCUACACAGAUUCUUAAACACACCUUGGAUGUAAUAAACCAGCUAUCGCAGCUUGAGAUUUAAAUGUUUUGUUUGGUCUUAAUCAGGUUUGUGCUCUCUUUUACAAGCCUCCCACAAGGAACAUACUGACUGACAAACCUUAGUCACAUUUCCUCCAUGUUGAGCUGUAUCAAACUGCAGCUGUAAUGCUUUUUACCCGUUUAGACCACGUAACAAAUGUGUGUUAUGGGAACAUGACAGGCCCAUGAAUAUGAAAACAUGUCCAGACAAUGCACUGCCAAGUCCCUUUACUGCUCUUUAAGAGCUCAAAUGAUCAGUCUUAAUCCAGUUUGAAUUGCAUCCUAAAAACUAGCAGCCUGAUACUGGCCUGCUGUUGAGAGUUCUACACCAUCUGUGGGACUGAAUCUGUGUCUAUGUGGCUGAGGCUGUACACAUAAAGGGCCUUUUUCAAACACUCCAUGCCUUUUUAAUGCAUGGUACGAAAUAUCUGUUGUAUAAACCUAUUUUGACCUCAAAUUUUAAGGACUGUCGCAAUGCAACAGUUUUGAACCAGGUGUGCAAGAAAUCACAGAACAGAUGUGCUGCUCUUGAAUGUUUAUUAUCUAAUAUCAUGCACAUUUCAUGUUCACCAAAAAUGUGACUUUGUGCAAGGGCUUUUAAGGGCAUAUCAGUCUCAGUAGAGUAGAGACCUGAUUGGGCUGUUGUCCAAGUAAUAAAAAAUAAAUAAAAAAAGGGUAGGGCUUUGCUGAAAUUAGAGGGGAAUUGGGCACUUUGAGCAUUGGGAGGUUAAUGGCUCUUAAGCCCCAAGAUUACCAUUGAGAACUGUGCUUAGAGGUUUUAAAUGCAUUGGAUUGGGUCAGAUGUAAAAUUGGAACAAUCUGAUGCGAUGCAUUUGGGUUGAGCCAUCUGGAUAGGGUAACAGGACAGUGCUGCUGGGCGAUCAGGGUCACUCCACUGCGUUUACUCUGUUUUAAUCAAGGUAAUGCAAGGUAAUUAGGGCAACUUUGUCGGGACGUGCAAGCCAAUAACACUAUUGGCUUAAAUGGUACGAUUUGAGUCUUCUAAAUGCCCACGGUAACCUUCUCUGUGUCUGUAUCAGUUACUUAGAGGAUGCUGUGAUGAACCUGGACCAUGGUGAUCCGGUGACGAGGGACCACAUGAGUGCGGUGCUGUCCCAGGUCCGACAGAAGCUGUUCCAGUUCCUGCAGCAGGACCCACACAGUCCUCUCAGCAAGAGAGCCCGGCGCCUGGUGAUGAUGCUUCAGGGCCUGGUCAAUCACUAGUUCUGUGCUUUUGGUGCCCAAUUAUGGAGCCCCUUCGCUUCCCUGUUCUGCUCCCACACAGUUAGAACAAGGUGCAGUGAAUUUCAUUGAUGUGCUGAGGGGAGCAGAGCUGUACUUAAAGAGAUGUGAGCAUGAUGUAUAAUGGCUGCACUUUCUGUACCCUCUGCCCUUUCUGAUGCAUUGUACAUCGCAAUUGAACAUUUUGUUUUAGCUUUCAUUUUUACGUGUAGAAAUGGCAAGAACAGACUGGGUUUUCCGUUUUUGGACUUGUGUAGAUUUAAAGUUUUUCUCAGUUGGAAACCCCCUGUUCAUGAGUUCUAUGAACCUUGCCAUUAUCUUAUUUCUAUCUUUUCCCUGUAUAAUAGAGGCUGUUUGAGAAAUACCUAUCCUAAAUGUAGACAGUCGGUACAGAUGGAUGAGCCCUUUAUGUUGUAUUAUGUUUUCUGUAUAUUCAACCAUUCUGUUAAAUCCAGUGUUCUGACUUUAGUUCAGAAUGCUCUUUUGCUUUGAGGGACUUCUAAACUUGCUUGAAGACUUAUUGAAGUAGUUAUACUCCAUAGAAAAUGCUUCUAACAAAUUAUUGUUACUUAUACUGGCUCUGUUUUUGCUUCAGGAUAUCCAAGUUAUGUUCAUAAACCUGAUUUACUUCUGUUCUUUAGAGGGCAGCCCUUUGUGUGAAUGCAAUCACAUUCAUAUUUUUUGCAUGGUUUCUUCUUGGCAACUUGCAGUCUAGUUGGAAAGUUCAACAAAACUUGAAGCAUGGCUUAAUGUUUUUAAAGGUAUUAUUUGUCUUCUAAGUUAAAAUGGUUGAAUUAUUUAGGUACAGACCCGUGAAACUUGUUAUGAAGGUUCUGGUGUCAUCGGUUUAAGAUUCCUUUCUUAGACCUAAAGUAGAAUGAGGGGGGACGUAGGGCAUUGUGAACUAAGCUUGGAGGUGUUUCUUGCCAGUCCUGCACACUAGUCCUGAGACAUGCUUAUUUUACCAGGCCAGAAUUAUGUUUUUGUUUUACCGUAGUAGUGGUUGGUUUGAUAAGCACCUUUGGCGUUCCAAUUUAUUUAACAGGACUUGUUGAAAGUUGAUUCCCAACUCCAGUUUUUCAGUUAUUUGAGUUUCAUCAGUGAACACUAUAUAGUUUCUAGGUCAUCUUCAGCUGCUGAUUGAUUGACAAAACGCUAGGCAUGCCUGUAUGCUCUGGAGAAACCAUGCAUAAAAAGGCAAACUACUAUCUUCAAGGUUAUAAGCCAUCUGUAUUACCAAGCCACAAAGCUAUGUAAAGCAGACAGUAAUGUCUAUUUUCUCCACAAGGUUGAGAGUGAGGAUGAAUCUGUCCAUGGAGGAGUAGGUUGAUGAUCCAUCUUUUAUUGUACUGAAAGUUACAUGUCUGCAUUUCUGGAAACGGCCCCUUUUUCACUCCGUGCUCUCUAUUCACUAAACUAAAUGUUUAUCUGGAAUAGCAUUUCUUUGACCUGAAGUGUGCUCUUAGAUAGUUUUACUUAUGUUUCAUAAAGAUCAGGGUUAAGCAACAAGAAUCACAGACAUGGAUGUUGAUAAUAGUAAGAUUGUACAUAAACGCUAUACAAUAUAUAUAAUAUUUUUUCCUAGUUUGCAAAAAAAACUUUGAAAUCAUGUUUUGUGUAUUACACAUUUUGAUCGUUUAAUUUCCAUCGUGUUUUGUUCCCUGUGCUUGGAUUAUGUUGUAUAUUUUACACUCGUUUAUUUUACCCUGAAC